UCCGAAGCCUGGAAUAGCACGCCAUAUCGCGAAUCGCACGUAGAACAACAAGCGCCUUCUCUACAUCGCCCCUUGCAGUUGGUGUCGCACCUUCUCUAGCUACUUACGUACAUUCGUUCUCCGUCAACCCGGGCGACAUUCAGCACUCGCCAUAAACACGCUUGCACUGUCAUAGCGAUCACGCGAACACGCCGUUUCUAUCCAGACCUGGUCCUUGAGUUUUCUAUACUUAAGCUACCACGUACCACGCACGCCCCUGUAUGAGGGAUUAUCUCUUCUAGGAUGGCGUCAGAUCUGGAAGCAAAGUCGCAAGUCAACGCUCCGUCCGAGAGCCGGUCCGGUCUCCGUCAAAUGGAAAUGGAAGGCCUGUGCCAUCACGAUCACGAACAUGAGGGCCACAAGUUCCGCCAUCACGACAACCCAAACGAAGAAAACAUCUCAAUUCCUUCAAACUCCAAGCAUGCCGAGCUGGCCAUCGCUCCCUUCCUGGCCAAGCACAUCCCGACCCAAUACAACCCUGUUGGCCAUUUGAUGCCCCAGAACAACUCUACCGACCCUAACCACGACCACCACCAAGAUACAUCCAGCACAAAGUUCUGCUACCGCCAUCGUCCCGAUCUCAAGUGCAGGCGUCAAGCCAACGAGCCUUCCAUGGAGCAACUACAAAACGAGCUCGGCACCGUCUCUCAAUCCGACCAGCAAGCCAUCUCCCACGUUUGGUCUCUCUUCUCCGCCGCGCCUUCGAAACACCGAAACCUCAUGCUGCAGGGCAUCCUCUCCCAAUGCUGCUUCCCUCAGCUCUCCUACAUCUCCGCUUCCGUUCGUGACUUGAUCAAGAUCGACUUCCUGUCCGCUCUGCCACCAGAACUUGGCUUCAGAAUUCUCUGCUUCCUCGACACCACAUCGCUUUGCAAAGCCGCUCAAGUCAGCCGUCGCUGGAGAAGUCUGGCUGAUGAUGACGUAGUUUGGCACAGAAUGUGCGAGCAGCACAUUGACAGAAAAUGCACAAAAUGUGGCUGGGGCCUGCCUCUGCUCGAACGUAAGCGACUGAGAAUCGAGAAGAGACAGAUUCAGCUUCGCGCCAUCUCCAGAGGAAACAACGAGUGGUCGCCAGCCACCACUCCACUUGUCGAGGACGCCCUGCCUACUCCUAGCACCCUAGCUGCACCAGCAACCCAGGCUGUAGUCAGUGUGGGCGAGAAGCGCAAGCUCGAAGAUGAGCCCGCAUUGCCGCAGAAGAAGUUGUGCACUCCAGCAAGCGGUCAAGAGGAGGUUAGCUCAUACUUCCAACCACAAACAAGGAGGCCAUGGAAAGACGUUUACAAGGAUCGCUUCAAGGUUGGUACCAACUGGAAGUAUGGCCGAUGUUCGACAAAAAUCUUCAGAGGUCACACCAAUGGCGUCAUGUGCCUGCAAUUCGACGAGAACGUUUUGAUCACCGGAUCAUACGACUGCACUGUAAAAGUGUGGGACAUCAAGACGGGCACAGAACUGAGAACACUCCAAGGUCACACUUCAGGCAUUCGCACACUGCAGUUUGACGACCAGAAGCUCAUCACUGGGUCUAUGGACAAUACAACAAAAGUAUGGGACUGGCGUACUGGAGAGUGCUUGAGAACUUUCCAAGCCCACACAGGAGGUGUGAUCUGCGUCAACUUCGACGCUGGCUACAUUGCCUCAGGCUCAAUGGACCAUACCAUCAGGAUUUACGAUGGAAGAAACAAAGUAUCCUUCUUACUCAAAGGUCACACAGACUGGGUUAAUGCUGUAAAGCUUGAUGUGGUUUCACGCACCUUGAUAUCUGCUUCGGACGAUUGUACAGUCCGACUUUGGGACUUGGACACCCGUAGAUGCAUCAAGGUCUUUGAAGGGCACGUCGGCCAAGUGCAACAGGUUGUAGCUCUUCCGCCAGAGUUUGAACUCGACGAGGCCGACCUGCUUUCGGGAGAAAACGAGGACGACACAUCUUCCACUUCUUCUGGGCCAUCGCCUGCUCACAAGCAUUCGCACCACCCAGAACCCGCAUCAGAAUCAACUGUUCCAUUCUGGCCUGACGAGCCUGACCGCCCAGCGCCUCCACGUUACAUGCUUACUGGAGCGUUGGACAGCACCAUUCGUCUCUGGGAUGUGCAUGCCCCUGCUGUAUUGCCAGCUGUGGAUGCAGCGAAUCCAGUACAAAAGCCACCUACCACCAACGCCUGCCUACGAACGUACUUUGGACAUGUCGAGGGUAUUUGGGCACUGGCAGCGGACCACUUACGUAUGGUUUCUGGAUCAGAAGAUCGUACGGUCAAGAUCUGGGACCCCCGCAGUGGCAAGUGCGAGAGAACGUGGACAGGCCAUGCUGGUCCUGUGACAUGUAUCGGACUCAGCGACAGCCGACUUGUCUCUGGAAGUGAGGACUGCGAGGUGCGCAUGCUAUUGUUCAACACUGGAGAAGGAAGUGAAGACUGCGGAGAGCAAUAAGUCAUUGUCAUUGUCAUUGCAUUAUUAUUCUUCUUGCACUGUUUGGGAUACGAUCACAUUUAGCGAAGGUGCCUGGCGCAUAGGGAAAUAUCAAAGGAGGAGUUGAACAAAGAGAUUGAGUGAAUGCCGCUCAAUACACUAAAAUAUGAACGACCUUAUCGAAGAAAACUAGAUUAUGCUGCUAUCAGCUGUGCUAAGUGAGUACUUUCAAGAAAGUGAAG